CAGCAACGAAGCGACACUACCCUUCACAGGCCACAUACAGCAUUCACUUUAUCACUUCGUCGUCCACAAUGCCACAGGCUGUCGUCGAGCUCUAAGUCCACCGCUGGAGGGACGGCCACGCGCUGCCUCUCCAGAACGGUCACUGCUCUUCGAGAUUUCAGUCCAUACGACGACAUACACCAGACUGCUCGCAUUGCUUGCCAGCAGCCUCACAGCCUGUCCAUCCCGCUCACCACGAGUGCGGCCAUUUGCGAACAAGGCAGUGGCAUCGAAACUGCCACCUACGACGGAGUUUAGCUUGCAUCCUGACCAGACGUCAAGCUCAAAGUACCAUUACAACAUCGAAGUUCGUUGCCCGCAGGCGACUUACGCGAUAUAUCUGAACCGAGUGUGCCAUCCUUCGCUCUGCUUGUGCUAGCACCCUUCAACCUUCCACGCCUCAUUGCAGCCCCUUGGUUCGACUUCAACACACCGUUUUCCCUCCUCCACUCUUCGAACGCUACACUUCCAAUGUCGAACUAUACCAAGAACAGAUCGCCGCAAGGCAAUAUGCAUGACCCGCGCAAGAUGCGGAGUCCUAAGAUGAACCCACAAUGCAGCAAGGCUGCGAAGAGCAGAAUGCAAACAGCUUCAAACAGCACACGCACAGGCGAUGUGGUGUCUGAUGAAAGCGAAAUUGAUAACCACCGAGGAGAUGGAAACACCCCCGAGAACGACGAUGACUCGGAUGACGAGCCGAAUGCUUUUGCCCUGUCGGGCGCACCUGGUCCUGGAAGAAAUGGACAGCGUCUGGCAGGGCUCGAUCGCAAACACGCUCAACUUAUCGAUGAGGAAGACGCGAUUGCUGGCGCCGUGGACGACGAUGACUAUGGCGGUGUGGAGGAUGUUAGCGACAGCGAAGACGACGAUUCAGAGAAAGUAGUGCUCAGGGCAGCGGAGCAGGAGCUCAUCGCCGAGUUCGAGAGCCAGCGACCAGAAACGGCAAACUCCAUGUCCAAUGGCAUGACGGGCUUGACCUUGACCGAGGAUGAAGAUGCAGCUUUGGCCCGCCGAUUGAGCCUUCAAAGCGAUGAUGGCAACGACAUCUUCGAGGAGCUGGACUUCUCGCAAGAUCCGUUCGGCGGACUUUCAGCGAGCAACAGCGUCUACCAGCAAAUUCUGGCUGACGCCGAGGAAGACCUUGCAUCGUGGCGCAGUCCAGCGGGCAAGCUCGCACGAGAAAACAGCAUGCAAUCGAACGGCAAUGAGAAGAAGGUUCGAUUCGCGGAGACGGUCUCAUCACGCUCCUCAAGUCUCAGCAGUGAGGACGAAGACCCACGCGACACCUUUCCGGACUUGUUCGAUGAAGCUGAAGACCCAAUGCUGAGAUCGCAGUUCUUGAUGGACACCGAGAUGGCUAUCGACGACGACAACGCAUCGGAGUUUGAAUAUGAUCUCGACCAGUACGAGAAGGGCACUUAUCACAUUUCUCAGGAGAGCGACGACUCAGAUAGCGAUAUCAGCAGCAGCGACUCCGAAGACGACGGCGAUACGACUGACGAAGAGGAUCCUGCCGACCAGCUUGUGCGUCUUCGUGAGAUCAAAGCAAAGCAGGCCGCAAAGAGAGGGCCGCUUCCUCCUACCAACACCCCUGUCAGCACGCCCACCACUCCAGUUGGAAGCAGAAAAUCGAGUAUUGCACGUCCUGGCAAGUUGAAAGUCAGAAGCAAGCCCAUGAGCGGCACUUUCGAGCACGACCCAACGCAGGCCCAUGUGAAAGCAGAUGUCAAUGGCAGUGGUGUGAGACUCGUUGGCCCCACCAAACCGUCAAAGGAAGAGGCCGCCUUUUUCGAUCGUGCCCGUCAAGCCCAUGGUCGGAAUGGCAGCCCAGGUGGCGCAUUCGAAUGGACGGUUGCGACGCCCCGUGCUCAAAGCGCUCCACAACGCCCGUUCACUGCCAAGUCCACUCUUGGAACAAUGUUCGAUGGCAAUUUGGACUUCCUCCGGCAUAACGACAACUCUGGAAUUGCUACGGAGUUUCUACUACAGGCAACGAGGAACAGCAGCGUACGUUCGUCGUUCGCCUCUUCUGACACCAUGCGAGGAAGCUCCCAAGACAUUGACGGUAGUGACGUCGACAUGGGCGAUUUCGUGCACGGUAUGGAAGAGUCGGAGUCGGAGGCAGACAACGAGUCACCUCCAGAUGCGGUACUCUCGCCCACCUCGGACGGCUUCCCGGACUUCGCCCACGAUACCUCGCCCAUGCACCAGUCGGCGGGAGCUGUGGAACAUCUUUCUGCCGUAAAUGUAUCAUCCUUCCGCAAUAAUCAACAGCGCGCGCGACAGAUCAGCUCGCUCGCUGCUCAUCCCGCUCAGCGCGCCCAGACCUCGGAAGCAAAUGCCCUUCAAAAAGGCAGGCGUGCUGCUGCCAACACCCCAAUGACACCUGUUCGCAAGAAUCGCGGCAGUCAAGACCUCACCCGGACCGGUGCCGGCGUGGCCAAGUCUUCGGCCAGCCCGCUGGUUCAAAAACACCGACGCAGUCGCGGCAACUCGCUGUCUCAGACGCUUUCGCUGGACCGCUUUGCCGACGCUCGCAAGCACUGAUUCACCACAUCAUACCCCAUCGAUAAGACGACAUUGCUUGACCGUCAAUGUCGCGCCCAAAAGUAUUGCUUCGCAUCUUGGAGGGUUACACAAAACGGAUUUCAAAGGCAGCAACAUCGAAGGUAAACCACUCUUUUACGGCUUCCCUCGUGUCCUUCCUUCACUUAAUGUGUUUUGGGAACAUGGUAUCUUAGCGAGGAGUUUGGUGGCGUUCCUUCUUCUGACCUAUCCAGAAAUCUCAACCUGGCUUUGUCUGGGGAUGGAGAUGGGAGGCCGUCGUUGUUCAUCGCGUGCGGAGAUACCCCUUGGAGUUUUCUUUCUUUGACAGCAGGCCUAUACACGAACAGAUACUAGCGGGAAGCAUCGGUAUUAACUUGGCGCAGGAGUUAUGCGGGUGGAAGUGUAAUACUAGUGCUCUUGUAGACGAAUUGUGACGGUCCCUCACG